AGAGGAAGGGAGGGCAAUCUUGUCCGGACGCUAAUAAGACCCAAUGGCUGGUGCAAGGUGGCCAGGAGCUCUGAAACGCGACAGAAGACGGUGGACGGAGGAGAGAAGGAGAAAUGAAAUCUCAGGAGACACGUUUUCUGGAUGGACAAAAAGGGACGAGCGCACCGCCGGAGCGUCCAUAGGAACUGCAGCGAGUCGGUCGGGCUGUUUGGCGUGCGUCAGUUUGUGUGUCUCUUCAAAGGAACUGCGUGGAGAGAGAAGCGGUAAGUGACUAGAAAACCCACAAAUAAAAAAAAAAACACCUGCGUCAAGGCUGGUACCUGCGAAGGACGUAUGAAGAUGACUUUCAGUUCACAUGAAGCGUAGAAGCUGCUGAUAGUUGGCGAAACAUUUGGACAGAAACCUUAGACCUUUUUACAACAUAUCUUCUUAUUUUUAAUAGCUGAUACCAAACUUUAGAAACUUCAGCCAAUCAGAUAAUUCACUGGACUAAUAGCUUUUGGUCAGAGCAUCAAAACAGUACACACACAGAGUCAGCUGACUUUGCACUGUUAAGCUCUUUUUCUGACCAAGAGUGAAUACAGAAAGAAGCCACCACAUGUCCCAACAGUUAUUUGUCACAUCAAUAUCAGCUCUAACACCACAUGAUUUGGAAUGGACCAAGAUUUGACCCUCAUUCACAUGCAAUCACACACCUGGAACUGGGGUACCACUGUAGGCACUGUGAGCCACUGACUCCUUGGAGCCCCAACCCUCCCCAAUGAAGCAGUCCUGGUGGGCCCGCCUGGCACAGCUCGGCCUGCUUGCUGUGUGGACCUGUAUAUGGCUGGUCCAGGGAUGCGGACCGGGCCCUGGCGUCGGCAUCCGCUCCAGGCACAGGAAACUCACAGCCAUGCACUACAAGCAGUUUUUCCCCAACUUCUCAGAAAACAACCUUGGCGCCAGCGGGAGAGCAGAGGGCAAGAUCACACGUAACUCUGAGCGCUUCAAUGAGCUUGUGUGCAACUACAACCCAGACAUUGUCUUCAAGGAUGAGGAGAACACCAACGCAGACCGCUUCAUGACUAAGCGAUGUAAGGACUGUUUAAACAGGUUGGCUAUUGCAGUGAUGAACCAGUGGCCAGGGGUACACUUACGUGUGACAGAGGCCUGGGAUGAGGACGGUCACCACCCUCCAGGCUCUCUGCACUAUGAAGGCCGGGCCGUGGAUAUAACCACUGACGACAGAGAGACAGAGAAGUAUGGUCUUCUGGCCCAGCUGGCUGUGGAAGCUGGCUUUGACUGGGUCCACUAUGAGUCCAAAUAUCACAUCCACUGCUCAGUAAAAGCUGAUCACUCUGUUGCAGUGGAAAAAGGUGGCUGUUUCCCCGGCUGGGCCCGGGUGACCGUUGCUGGAGGGGUGCAGAAAACCCUAUCGUCCCUGGCUCCUGGGGACCGAGUUAUGGCCCUGUCUGGGACAGGCCAAGUUGUGUUCAGCCAAGUCCUCUUGUUUCUGCACCAGGACAACGAAAGCCUGUCUACUUUUCUGUCUCUGGAGACAGAGGAUGGCCAUAGAUUGGCCCUUACUCCACAUCACUUGGUCUUUUUAGCCCCCCAUUGCAGACUCGACAGCAGCGAGUAUCAGUUUGCCAGCAGAGCCAAAACAGGAGACUGUGUUCUCAUCCAUACAGCAGAGGGUCGAGUACGUCUGUCUCAAAUCGUCUCGGUUUCAGUAGAGGAGAGUGUGGGAGUGUAUGCGCCCUUGACGGAAGCUGGAACUGUGUUUGUUGAUGGGGUGCUGGCAUCCAGCUAUGCACUGGUGGAGGACCACAGACUUGCACACUGGGCCUUUGGACCUGUGCGACUCCUCUUCUCAUUCAACCAGCUGCUUUGGGGGGAGACAACAAAAGAAGAGCAGACCACAGACAACAAAACAUCUAAGAUAACUAAGACUUCACAACAUUGUAGCACUUUGGCCACAAAGGACAAAGCAGGUGUAUGUGUUAAUAAUGGCAAUCUGAACAAGCGAGACAAUCUGAGUGAACCUCUGAGGAUGGAAAUGAAAGAGAAGCACUCCUGGCGAAGGCAGACAUCAGAUGUGCACUGGUAUGCUAAACUACUGUACAGUUUUGGAUGCAUCUUUUUAGACUCCAACUCAUUUCAUCCUUAAAAGCCUUAAACUAUAGACUCCAUACAUGUCUUACUGUUAAAUGUCAUAACUUUGAAACUUUUAAACUAACACUUCCUGUUCUUUUCUCCAAUAAAUUAGAAGCACUGGAAUGGCUUGCUUGCUUUUUUCCACCAUUGUUUGCAUUAUAAUCUAUCGUAAUAAUAUACAUUCUAAUACUUUACUGAUGUUAUAAAAGUUUGAGUUUGAUUAAACAUAUUGUCUGAGCAGGUUGAUGUAAAAUGGUCAUGCCAAAAUGACUGUAUCAUAGUGUAUUUGUACAUCAUGUUAUUUCUUUUAAUUAUUUCAGUUAUAUAUGUAAUAUAUAUAUAUAUAUUCUUAAUGGGAUAGGACUGAAUUUUCCCACAACAGAAUCUUUAUUUUUGUACUAUCUGAAUCAUAAUAUAUACAUGUUUAAUUGUAUUAUAAUAAUUCCACUACAUGUAUUUCUUUACUUAUUGUCGUGUCAUAAAACAAAUUAAAAUGUCAUUUUAUUAAGCAACACUCUGCUUUUUCUUCAGCUGUGGAGUAAAUUUUGUCUGUUAAGCUGAUUUGCCUUUUGCUUGUUUAGCAAAACUGAGUUGCUUUUGUGUGAGAAACCUGAGACAUAUGCAAAAGAUCAUUUCUCGGGUCAUAGUUGAGCAUUAUGUAUGUUACAGUGUCCAAGACCUCUGUGGAAAUCUAGUCUAACAGGCUGACUGGUUAAUGAAAAGCCCAGACGUACUUAAUAUUCCCCACACUGUGCCAGCACCUUGACUUUAUCAGUCACAGACUUUUAUCACAUGGCUACUCCAAAGCAGUUAUCAGGUUUCCUACAAUCUUAGAGGAGACAGUUUCAUUAGUAACCACUGAUCAAUUUGGGUCACAAGUACUAUAUCUGUUAGAUAUUUAGCACAGUUCAUGGCUGACACAACUUUCUAAUGUUUCUAUCUCAUCUAGGCUAUGUCUACAGUUACUAGUAAACGUUUACUUUAAUUAUUUUACAUGUAAAACUACUUUUCAAAGGUUCAUAAUAAUGUGUAAGGCAAGAUUCAAGAUAUGUUCACAAGGUUAUACACCCCCUUGUGGAGGAACUGAUAUUCUGCCUGUGAGUUUUACAUUCUUUAAUGUAUUUGUACUUUUAAUAACUACUAUAUAAUAAACUGUAAUUUAAUAAACCUUGAAUGGAUUUUUAAUA